GUAUGAUAGAGUCCCAUAUGUCUCAUUACACUCUUGCAUCCAUGGACAAUCUUGGGAUUUAUUAUGGAUGCAUCCCUUUGUGCGAUGGAUACUAAUCUUUUUUUUGUCAUUUUCUUCUUAUUCAUUUUCCAAUCGCCCUUCAUAUUCGACCAUUUCGACCAUUCGAACGUGCAUUUCAACGUCUUUUUUCAUUGAUCGGCCCUUUCACAUUCCACAUUGAUCUCGAUCGAUCUUACAUUCAACAGACUAUCGAGCAACAAUGGUCAGAUACGCCGCCACCCCAGCCAAUGCUUCCAAGGCUUCCAAGUCUCGAGGUUCUUACCUCCGUGUUCACUUCAAGAACACUCACGAAGUCGCUGCUGCCAUCAAGGGCUUGAAGUUGAGCAAGGCUUACAGCUACUUGAACAAUGUCAAGGAACACAAGCAGUGCAUUCCUUUCCGUCGCUUCAACGGUGGUGUUGGCCGUACUGCUCAGGCCAAGGAAUUCGGUACCACCCAAGGUCGCUGGCCCGUCAAGUCCGUCAAGUUCGUUCUUGACUUGUUGAAGAAUGCCGAAUCCAACGCUGAAGCCAAGGGUUUGAACGUCGAGGAACUCUACAUCUCCAGCAUCGUCGUCAACCAAGCUCCCAAGCACCGUCGCAGAACUUACCGCGCCCACGGUAGAAUCAACCCCUUCAUGACCUCUCCUUGCCACAUUGAAGUCAUUCUCAACGAGAAGGAUGAAGUUGUUCCCCGUGCUACUGACAAGAAGGUCGUCCGCUUAAACGCUCGUCAGUUGGCUCGCAAGAACCGUAUCGCUGCCCGCGCUUAAGUUCAUUCCUAGUGUGUUUUAUUUGUUGCUUCGAUAGAUUUUUUUUGGUUCAAAAAUUGAAGAAAAUCAAAGCAUUCUCUUUUCCUCUUCGUAUUGUUUUCGUUUAUGAGCUCGUUUCGUGGCGAAAAAUGGAUGUGUCAUGUGAAAAAGCUUGGUGUGUGUGAGGCAGAUCGAAUUUUCUAGAGUGGGAAAGCCACGUCAUGCGUCGGAUCGGGUUUAAGGGACCAAUAAAACGAUUACGUAUUCCAACUUUCAUUUU